AUGUGUUUACCCGCUUUACUGGAUAAACUCAGUGGUUCACAGGGUAUCCUGCGUUCCCACAUGAGCACAACGCCGGUGGAUUUGGCGAGAUUCCGAGUCAAAGAUCCGGUGGAAUGGUUGGUUGAUGACGUGGUGUCGUGGAUGCUCGAUGUGGCAAAGCGACAUGGAAUUCCUUUUGAAGAAAUGAAUAUGCACAGAUUUGCGAAUCUCACCGGCCAACAGAUGAUCGGCAUGACCGAGCAGAAUUUCAUAGAACGAGAUCCCAUCUGGGGACCUCUCAUCUAUAAUGAGUUCCGCAAAAACCUCGCCGAAGAUACCUCAGUGAUUGAUGAGAUUAUGAAGAAGUAUAGUGCAGACGAGGAUGCGGUAACGGCAGCCAAUGGAACACCGUCAACAUCGUUUGAGAUCCCAAAAACGCACAUCGCCCCCAAUCCUUCGCCGAUGGUUCCACAAUUCCAUACACUUACCCAAACUCUCAAUCACACACUCAAUCAAACGCUGAAUCAAAGCAUUCAGCUGAAUACAAAUCUGGCACAGAAUUUACAGCAAACGCUAAAUCAGUCAUUAGCAACAAGCCUUGCUGCUGGAUUGUCUACAGUGCCCAAAAGAAGGUGUUAUGGAUCUCCUAAAUCAAGUAUCUUAGGUUCUGAGGACUGCUCAAACAUUGCUGAUUCAAAGGUGAAAAAGAACAAAGAUGGCAAGCCCCGGAAGCGGUCCCAACAUACCAAAGGCAACAAAUUGUGGGAGUUUAUUCGCGAUGCUCUGAAGGACCCGCUCACAUGUCCUUCGGUAGUUCGAUGGGAAGAUCCGAUCGAAGGAGUUUUUCGGAUAGUUGAAUCAGAAAAACUGGCUCGACUAUGGGGCGAACGGAAGAACAACACUAAGAUGACGUAUGAGAAGCUGAGCAGAGCGAUGAGAACCUACUACGAGAAACAGAUUCUCGUCCCUGUGCCAAAGACUGGUCUUUAUCCCAAGAAACUCGUGUACUACUAUAAUACGAAAAUCCUGCUGCCGGUGAGCGGUCGCCGUCUCGUGUACAAGUUCGGUCCCUCAGCACGCGGAUGGUCUUCCAAUGAACCGAUCCUCUUCUCCAACUGCAGCGCUAACGUCUACAGUAGCGACGAAGAGGAGAUGGCAGUUGGCGAAACCCUAUCAGCGUAUACCUCCUUCGAUGUAGAGUAUCCCAUCAAGUACCGAGAACUUCCGGUUUAG